AUGGACCCCGAUGCCUUCGUGCAUUCGCUCUGCCGGCCGGUCCGCCGCUCGCUCGCUUCGCCCUCCCGGCGAGUUGAACGGAGGUACGAGGGCCUUUGGGGUGCGAUCGUGACCUUCCCCAAGCGCCAGCCCUUCGCCACCAACGUGAUCGUGGCCACAAUCAAGACCUCUGCCGCUGAUCUCAUCGUGCAAAAAGCUGAAGGCAGAGAGAGAAUAGACUGGCAGAGGAAUGGAGCCUUUACGGCCUUCGGGUUUGCCUACCUUGGCAUGAUUCAAUGGUUCAUUUACGUCACGCUGUUUUCUCGCCUUUGCCCCAAUGCGAUUCGCUUCGCAAAUCUUCCAUGGGCGGAGAAGCUGAAGUGCCGUGCGGGGCAGAUUGACCUCGUAAAGCAGACGGCUCUGGACAAUUUUGUCCACUACACCUUUGUCUACUUUCCAGUCUUCUACAUCAUCAAGGAGCUUGCUGCACCAUGCACGCACUGCCUUUGA